GGUUGACGUACGGCGCGAGCGGUUGGGACGUGGUGGGGGGGGAGAGAGAGAGAGAGAGAGAGAGGAAAUUUGAAAGCCAAUUUUUUUUUCAGCCCAAAAAUAAAACUUGGCCUCCAAAGUUCAGAAAAUGCCAGCCAAGCACUAUGAAGAUGGUGAUAUGGUAAUGGGCCGUUGGCCAGGCAGUAGCCUGUAUUAUGAAGUGCAGGUAACGGGAUUUGACAAGAUUUCCCAACUUUAUGGAGUCAAGUAUAAGGAUGGCACUGAACUGGAAUUGAAAGAGAGCGAUAUGAAGCCCUUAAAUUAUUUUAAAAGCAAGAAAAGCCGUUCAAGAUCAUCUUCCCGUCAGCGUGGUAGAUCUCGCUCACGAUCCCGUUCCCCAGCGAGGGCACCUAGCUCAAAACGUUCAACCUCCCGUGGCAGGGAAACGAAGAAAGAAGUGGAGAAGCAGAUUGUCCCAGAAGUCAAACCUGCCCCACAGAAGCUUCAGGAGAACAGCAAUAAUAGCAAAACUACCCUAGUAGCGGAGCUCAAUGAAGAGCAGGAAAACCACACCAAGACUAGUACCUACAAGAUCACUGAGCAUAAGAUCCGUAGUGAAAUAGUGACAGACGAGUUGUCUCUUCGUUACAAUCUACGCACUCGGAAAGAAAAGGAAGAAGCAAAGCCCAUAAAACUGGAGACUAAAGAUAAGCUCCUGUACAUUAAAAAGGAUGUGCCGCAGACCCAAGAGCUAGAGUUUGGAGGACGAAUUGGUGCAUUCUUUAUGGUGUUUUUAUUGCCUGCCACUGUCUUCAUCCUGCUGUUGAUGUGUGGACAAGAGGAUUCCAGUAUCCUGAGUUUCCCACCCCAGGUGCCACCUCUCGAGACUCUGUGGGCAUGCACUGCUUUGGGCAUCUUUGUCCUGUGGUUUCUCUUUCAGGCUUUGCUCUACCUGCUGCCCAUUGGAAAGAUUGUUGAAGGAAUACCCUUACCAAAUGGAAAGACACUUAAGUACAGGAUAAAUGCUUUCUAUGCAUUUCUGCUGUCUGCAGCUGCAGUAGGAGCUGCACUGUACAAUGGAGUGAACCUUAGCUACAUCCAUGCUAACCUGCUGCAAGUGGCGAUCUCUGCAAUGGUGUUCUCCCUGCUCCUGAGUGUUUACCUGUACUUGCGCUCCUGGCGAGUUCCCACAGACGAGCUAGCACCAGGAGGGAACUCUGGUAGUUUUAUCUAUGACUUCUUUAUUGGACGGGAGCUGAAUCCUCGAAUCAGAAACUUUGAUCUCAAGUACUUCUGUGAACUGCGUCCAGGCUUGAUGGGCUGGGUUAUCAUUAACUUGGGAAUGGUGUUUGCAGAGAUGAAUGUGCAGAACCUUGACAUGCCCUCCUUGGCAAUGAUACUGGUCAACAGUUUUCAGCUCCUUUAUGUACUGGAUGCAUUGUGGAACGAGGAGGCAAUUCUCACCACCAUGGAUAUUGUGCAUGAUGGAUUUGGCUACAUGCUGGCAUUUGGAGAUCUGGUCUGGGUUCCCUUCAUUUACAGCCUGCAGGCUUUCUAUCUUGUUAAACAUCCCAGUGAACUGACCUGGCCUGUCGCUGCAGCAAUCAUCGCUCUGAAUACUGUGGGCUACAUCAUUUUCCGAGGUGCUAAUUCACAGAAAAAUGCCUUCAGAAGGAAUCCCCUUGACCCCAAACUGGCCCAUUUGAAAACUAUUCCCACCGCAACCGGGAAGCAUCUGUUGGUCUCUGGCUGGUGGGGAUUUGUUCGUCAUCCAAAUUACCUUGGUGACCUGAUCAUGGCUCUGGCAUGGUCUUUGCCCUGUGGUUUUAAUCACGUUCUUCCUUAUUUCUACGUAAUCUACUUCACUUGUUUGCUCAUCCACCGUGAGGCCAGGGACGAGCACCAGUGCAGGAAGAAAUAUGGAGUGGCCUGGGAUAAAUACUGCCAGCAAGUGCGCUAUCGAAUCUUCCCUUACAUUUACUGAGUCCACUAAUCUUUUGCCUGCUUGCCUCCCCGGUGCUUAACCUUUACAGAUCUAGAACAUAGUGAGGGAUAUCACAAUGCAGCCGGUAAUUAAGAAGGCCCACCUAUGUCAAUCAUGACUUUUUAUUCAUUUUCAUUCUGUUCCCUUUGGUUUCCCAUUUUUAAAAACAAAGUGGCGUAUUUUCACACUUACUGCUUAGCCUGGUGGGUAAACCUGCUCAAUUAGCAAACAAAACACGCAGACAGACAGAGCUACUCACAUCACAGAAAGAUUCAGCUAUCUCAGGUAUUUAAAGUCAAGCGGGCUCUUCUGUGCACUUGAAUGUUUCUUUUAAUGAUGGUCAAAUGCCAGCCUGUGGAGGAGAUCAUUCCUAGCUGUGGUUUGAAGCCCCACCACCUGUAUGUAUAAAAGUGGGCUUUGUUUUAAAAAUGGACUUCUGCUCCUUUCUCUCGCCAUUUGUAGCACUGAGCUGAUUAACGCAACAGUGAAUUGACUGGCUUUCAUGUCGCUUCAGAUUUUCAUAUCUGCUUAAACCGAGAGCAAUAACGAUGCUCACUUCCUAGCGCUUUCAUAAGCCUUGCAGAUUUUGCCUAGUUUCUUAAACUAAAAUCAGAAGCAUGUGAGAUUUUACAAACCAAACGUUUUGUAACAGUAAUAAGGGGUGGGGUUUUUCCCCUAAUAUUUUAUUCCUCUUUGAAUCACGCACCCACCCCCGCCCCCCCCCGCC